AUGGCCCCCUCUACACCUGCACCCAAAGAGGAGUCUGAGCCGCCUAUCAUAUCUGCUCCCGGAACGUAUGAUCUUGAGAAUAUUUCCAUAGGAUGCAAGGUCUUUGUAAAACGUCCCCUCCCAGGCGGUGGCGAGGAAGAACGCAAAGCCGAGGUGCUUUCAAUUCGUGACCCAUCAAAAAAUGUUUACCUUGCGCGUCAAACCAAGUCAACCAAGUCCGAGGACAAAAUUGAAUUUUAUAUUCAUUGGACAGAGUUCAAUAAGCGCCUGGACGAUUGGGUUCCCGCCUCGCGCGUUGUUUUAACACGCGAACUCGAGUGGCCCAAACCCAAAGUACCUCCUCCCCCUCCUACGUUGACAAAGAAGGAACAACAAACCAAGGACAAGAAGACCAACUCACUAUUGAAAAGGGCGACUUCAAAGGCAGCACUUGCAGCCGCCGCUGCCAACGCCAGUUCUCCUCAACCGCACGCCCCUUCUACUCCCACUCCCUCUACACCUCGUCGACUUCCUUCGCUUCAACCUUCUGUUGCAGGCUCUCAAACUCAAGAUGAGGACGGUGACUAUAGUAUGGAAGAUGCCGAAGGAGAGGAAGACGCUGAAGGCGAAGCGGAACCUAUUCUCGAAGGAAUGGACCCCGUCAACCCCACUGUGCAACCAACACUGAGCAAGGAGCAAGAAAUUGAGAAGCUUCGACACAGUGGAUCCAUGACCCAGGCUGUAUCUGAAAUCGCUCGAGUCAAAAACUUAAACAGGUUAAGAAUGGGUAAACACGAAGUGGAAGCAUGGUACUUUAGCCCUUACCCGGUUGAAUACGCGCAUCUCCCGUUGCUAUACAUAUGUGAAUACUGCCUGAUGUACUUUCCAAGCGAGAAGAUGUUCGAGCGACACAGGACCAAGUGCACAUUACUCCAUCCGCCUGGAAAUGAAAUCUAUCGACACGAAGACAUUUCCUUCUUUGAGAUCGAUGGCAAGAGGCAGAUGACUUGGUGUCGGAACCUGAGCUUACUGUCGAAAUGCUUUCUGGAUCACAAGACGCUGUACUAUGACGUCCAGCCGUUCAUGUACUAUUGCAUGGUUACUCGUGACCAACGCGGUUGCCACCUUAUCGGAUAUUUUUCCAAAGAAAAGGAGUCGGCUGAAGGGUAUAAUGUGGCGUGCAUCCUGACCCUCCCGCAGUAUCAACGACAUGGAUAUGGAAAACUUCUAAUCGAAUUUUCUUAUGCACUAUCCAAGAAGGAGUCCAAGGUUGGUUCACCGGAGAAACCACUCAGUGAUUUGGGGCUGUUGGGAUACCGCGCGUACUGGGCCGAGACGAUCAUUGAACUCCUAUUGUCCGAAAAUCUCAAAGAAACCACGUUUGAUGAGAUUUCCGCAAAGACUUCCAUCAAAACCGAGGAUAUUUUAUAUACCUGCAUGGAAUACCAGUUGAUCAAGUGGAAGCGCAAUGUGCCUAUGAUCUGCCUAACAGAUGCUGUGAAAGAACAGUACCAGAAAUCGAUGGCAAAGCGCACUCGGCGCAUCGUCCCCGAGAAGCUGAUUUGGAAACCCCUUUCUUUCACUCGUGACCAGUUGCGUUUUGGGUGGUAA